CCUGUUGUCCAUCUGUGUUAAUAGCGAUCUGCUCGCCUUUAGAGGGGCAGUAUUUGUCGCUAUCAGUAGCCAGACCAACUUCCAAUCUUACAAGCUGGUUCUUUGGCUUAAUUGCUGCAUUUGUAACUACAAGAUCUUUCCAGUCCCUAUUCGCCGGUCUUACGGGAUACUGAUAAACAUACAAGUUUUCGGCAAGCGCCUUUGACAAAUAAACUGGUAUCUGAAAUUAUAAUUAUGAACAUAUCGCAAUAAAUCAAACAAUUUAAUGUUCAACAACAUAACCUUAUACCACGUUGUAUUUAACAAUGCAGAUAACAUUACCUCUUGUACUACAGGAUCUUCUUCCUCCAUACUGGCUGGCAAGUUUUCCCCUUGGUUAUUUUAAAUAUAUCAUCAAUAUUUAUUUGGUAAGCAACAAAACUAUAAAAUAGCGACAAUACACACAAAACGGUACCUACACGACGAACGAACGACAGAUUUUAUUGACUUAUUAAAAUUGAUGACCCAAAACUACAUCCUUGUAAAUUUGCUAAUCACAACAUAUUCUUUAAAUUCUCCUUCUGUUGGUUCUGAUAAAGUUUUGAUUAUCUGGCACAUUGAAACCUGUGAAAGAAUAAAAAUUAAUCUGCCAGCGCAACGCUUAGAAAUGUCAUACCAAUGUCAAAUGAAUCACUUUAAUGAAUUUGUAAGGUUUUUAUUUCUAUAUUUUUAAUGGAUUAUAAUUAUGCAAUAUUGUCCUGAAAUACACUUUUGCUGUGUUAUCUUAGUACCGAUGCUGUAACCUUAUAUAAAAGAAGGAAUAAUAAAUAUUUAACCAACAAGAUGUCUGAUAUGAUAAUAAACGACUCCGUGCCAGUUGAUAAAAAAUGGAAUGAAUUGAUAAAGUAUAAUAUUUUUAUCAUGAAAUUAGUCGAAUUCGUAAUAUCAAUGCUACUCAUGAUACUCCCGUUCGUUAUGACCAGGCCUGGGAUCUUUUACUGCCUGGCUGUGUCGCCGACACUUAUUUUGUCGGUGAUGUUCGUGGUGCUGUAUUUAGUGGACCAAGUGCAUGACCUAGCCGAACAGAUGUACCUCACGAUACAGAUAUCUUUGAAUGUGGUAGUGGCACUGCUACUCUGUAUUCUACCGCACGUUGUGGAGCCUGUGGACGUAUGGCAAUGCCUGGUGGCGGGUCCGACACUCAUGCUGUCAUUGCUUAUCAUGGUGCUAUAUGUUGUGGACCAGGUACAAUAUGAGGCUGAGAUGUAUUAUGUUGUUAUUGAACUAAUAUUCACGGAAAUGUGA